AUGAACUCUUCGGGAGUGACUUACGACAAAGGAGGACGGAGGAAAUGGGACAAAACCAUUUAUUCCACUGAAUAUUAUAAUGGAGAAUAUACUGGAGCAGAUGCUAUAAAAGAACCAAAAGAAACUAUAACACGGGACGAGAUGUUAAAACAAAUUGAAGUGAAGAGUGACGUCCUUACAAAGAAGUCACACGGCUUGUAUUGUUCUGUGUGUAAUAGGAGUUUUACAGACUCCGCAAGUUUCACGACACAUUUGAACUCCCCCGAACACAAUGACAAGGCUGGGACUAACAUCUCGAGUAAAAGUGUUAGUGCAGACGACAUCAAGACGAGACUCUUAUUACUCAAAGAGAAAAAAGAGGAGGAAAACAUGUCGCCUGAAGAAAAGUUAAAACGAAAGGAAGCUUGGAAACAGUCGCGAAAAGCUCGUAAAGCCGAGUGGAAGAAGCGACAAUGUGUUUUGAAAGAAGAAGCAGAAAUUAAUCACUUCAGAGGCUUUUUCAGUGAAGACGAAUUGAUCGAAAUCGACAAAAGAAAAGAAAGAGAGCGGAGUAACAGUAGAAAUCGCGAUUGA